AUGAUUCUGUUUGAUCCUCAAUUAUCCUGACCUGCAUCAUUCGCUCAAACUCGACUGUACUUGGAUGAACGUGUUCGUUUCAGUAGUGCUACUAGCGCUGUAGCGACCUAUCACAUUCCUUUGGUCUAUGAAAUCGUUGAAAUGCCUCUCUCACUCAACAGAUUAAAACGAGCUCUCCAUGCCAUCAUUCACAAGCACAAAACACUUCGCACACGACUCGUGUACGAUGAAAACGAGGGUGUUCUUCAACAAGAGAUUCUUCCAUCCAUACCACUGGAAAUACACUUAACAUCAGUUGAUAAUGGCAAAGCUCUUGAAAAGAUUCUGUAUGAUGAAGAAACAAAUCCUGUUCUAUUUAGUGUAAGUGAAGGUCGUGUUUUUCGAUGUCAUGCUAUUCGACGAUCUGUGGCAACCGAUGAAGACUUUCUCAAUCCAUCGGAUAUUCUUAUCUUUAACUUUCAUCAUACAGCAUUUGAUGGAACAUCAAUUGAUAUCUUCUUUGACGAUUUACAGAAAGCUUAUUCGACCGAUCAAUCUCUUUCGCCAUGCAGAUUCGAUUAUAUCGACUACUCUGUGCACGAGAAAAAGAUAAACAUGGAUGAUGCGAGAGCUUACUGGAAACAACAUUUGAAUGGCUUCAUCAAACCUCAUCUUCAGUUACCCUACGAUCACCAUCCAGAUGAGAGUAACAUUCGAUCAGGUCGUGGUUCGACUGCAAUUUUUGGACUCUCUCCACAUAUUGUUGAUGACAUCCUGAAUUAUCUGACGAACUGUGAAACGACUCUUUUUCAGUUUGGUCUAGCUGCCUUCUACGCAUUUUUGUUUAAACUAACUCAAGAAACGGACUUGUGUAUUCUCACAGUAUCAGCAAAUCGAAAUCGAGCGGAACUAGAAAAUAUGAUUGGUUUUUUUGUUAACACAGUACCACAACGACUUGCUAUCGAACCGCAGAAGAACUUUGGAUUCCUCAUUGAAUGCGUAAAAGAACUCGUUGUCGCUUCAAUGCCUCAUGCACAUCUGCCCUAUCAAGAUAUUGUUGCAGGUACGACUACUACAGCUUUACAAAUAUUAUUUGUUGUUGAAAUUCAACAUCACGAUCGAGUUGCAUUAAGCUCCAACGUAAUUCUACGUCCUCUCGUAACUACGACUACUGAUCCACAAAGUGUAGCUAAAUUCGAUCUUACAUGUUCAUUUUAUUAUGACGUAUCAGCACGUUCUAUCCAAGUGUCAUUCGAUGCCGCAAGCGAUCUGUUUGAAUCAGCAACAGUUGAGUUAAUGGCUCGUCGUUUUCAUUCACUGUUGAACCAUAUACUUUCCUCUCCUACUUCAACUGAAAUCUGCGAAUUGUCGCUAUUCUUGCCACAUGAAACCCAAUUACUACAAAAUUUGAACAGUAGUGAGCAAGUCCUACUCUCUUCGAAUGUUCGAACCAUCCAACAGCAAUUUGCGCAGCAAACUUGCGAACAUCCACAAAAGUUAGCAGUGAUUCUCGACGAUCAAUCGUUAACCUAUGCUGAACUAUUUCAUUCAUCACUGCUAGUAGCUCAUCAUCUCCAUGACCAAGUUCAGGUGCAAUCAGGUGACAUUAUCGGUCAAUGUGUCGAGCGCUCCAUUGAAAUGAUCAUUGGCAUAUUGUCGAUUCUGAUGAGUGAUGCUUCGUAUUGUCCUCUACCUGCAGAUCAGCCAUCAGCACGACUUCAGUCGUUGAUCGAACAAGUACAAGCUAAGUGUGUCCUCACUCACAGUCGAACCAACACACUUAUAUCAUCAGAUAUUGUUGACAUUGAACAAGUUCUUUCGUUAUCAUGGAAUAAAAUCAUUACCUGCGAUAUUAAAUCAUAUUCAGUAGAACGAAUAGCUUACUUAGUUUUUACGAGUGGUUCUACUGGCAAACCGAAAGUGGUUCCAAUCACUCACAAAAACUUUGCCGUAUGUAUCAAUGCACUAGCUCACUCGUCGAUCAUGAUGUACGAUGAUGUCGUGCUUCAAACAACACUACCUACAUUCGAUAUUCACAUGCAAGAAAUUCUCGGCACAUUAUGGUUAGGAGGAACACUUGUUUUGCUUCACCAAAACGGUAAUCUUGACAUGCAUUAUUUCACAUCUAUUAUCCAACGAUAUCAGAUAACACUUCUAAUCAUGGUUCCAACUCUUAUAUCCGUUCUUACUCAAUAUCUGCAAAAUUUUAUGUGUCAACAACGUCCAUUGAUGAGCAUACGACGAUUAUGUUCAUUAGGUGAGGCUCUUUUACCACAAAUAGCUUCUGCGAUUUGCACGCUGUUGGAUUCGACUGCUCUAUUCUAUAAUUUGUAUGGACCUGCCGAAUGUACUCUCAUCUCCACCUUUCAUCUACUUACACAAGAUGAUUUGAAAGCGAAUAACAUACCUAUUGGUCGUCCACUUCCUGACUAUAAAUGUCAAGUUCUUGACACCUACCUUCAACCUGUUCUUCUCGAACACCAAAUUGGAGAAUUGUUCAUCGGUGGUGAGGCUGUAUUUGGAGGAUAUUUAAACCAACGUGACUUGUCCCAUGGACCAGGCAUAUUCUACAGAACUGGUGAUCUGGUCCGUAUCGAUGGUACAUCAGGUGUUUUACACUAUGUUGGUCGCAAAGAUUUUCAAGUGAAGUUGAGAGGACAACGCAUUGAAUUAGGUGAAAUAGAGACUGUCAUCAUGCGGUCAUCCACUGACAUUACUAAUUGUGUUGUCAUCAAACUCGAUCAUGAUCAGAUCGAACAUCUAGUUGCCUAUGUUCAAACAAAAGUGCACUUCUGCCUAGAUACGUUACGUGAUGAAUGCACGAAACACUUGCCUUUGUAUAUGGUACCAUCGUUGUUUGUUCUUAUCGACCAUUUUCCCCUUAAUCCAAAUGGGAAAUUAGAUCGAAGAGCACUUCCACUUCCUGACUUCACUCUUCUCACGUCAUCUGACUCGUUGGGACCUCAUGAACCAUCUACGAGCGAAAUGGAACGACAAGUCUCAUCGAUUUGGUGUCAAGUGCUACAUCUUGAAUCGACUCCUUCCAUCAACGUGAGUUUCUUCAAGUUAGGUGGUAAUUCACUACUUCUGAUGAAGCUGCAUCAUACCUAUCAAACUCAACUCCAUCAAUCAGUCAAUAUAAGUGACUUGUUUCGUCGUGCCACUAUUCACGAUCACGCUCAACUACUUGAAUCUAAUCAAGUAAUGAUUCAUCCGACAUGGCAUUCGUUUAACAUUACCAAAGGUAAGUUAUUUUCUAACCCUAGGAAAAAUGUUGGAGCUUUCAGCCACUGA